AUGAUUUUGCAAGGCGAUGUACCUUUGCAUAUAUUAUUCACUAAAUAUGAAAAAGCAAUACAUGCCAUAAAUAAUAAAAGAGCAAUAACUCUUUGGAAGAAUGAUUGUGAUACAAUUAAAAUUAAUACUUCAAUUGGCUUUAAUCCAUAUGUUACUGUAAUGUGUUGCCAAGCUAUGGAAUAUCUAAAAGAGGUAUAUGAUAAAAAAGGUAAUUCAUUAGAUAAAUUUGCUUUUGAAUACUUAUAUUAUUGGAUAUAUACGUAUAAAAGAAAGAAUAUUCUAGAAAGUGAAGAAAUAAAAAAAAUAUAUAUGGAAUUUAUUAAUUUAUUUAAGGAGAAGAUCUAUGAUAACACUGAAGUAUAUGAUUUUAAAGAAUAUAGUAUUACCGAUGAGGAGUUACAAAAGCUUAAUAAUUUAUACGAAAUGCAUAAAAGUAUUAUUCUGAUAAAAGAUAAGUGUAAGAACAAUAAAAAUCCUGAAUAUUGCAAUACGGUGAAAAAUAUUAUAGAAGAGUUCUAUCUACAAGGUACUGUCAAUCCUAGAGAAACUUGUUCACCAAAAGAAUUAAACAAUUGCAAA